GGCGGCUGGCCGAGCCGAGCCACCGGACCGGCUCUCUGCUGGGCGGGGCAGGGGCAGAGAAGGCUCCGGGCCUCCCCGAGCUCCGGGGGCGCUCAGCUCUGCCCGGCAGCCGCACGGCGGGACCGGAUCACUAGAGCAGCCUCGCGCGGGAACCCGGCACCAAAGCGCCCGAGCCGCCGCCUCCAGCCCGCGGGCGCCCCCCGCGCUCACCCCGACCCCGGAACGCCGGAGCCCCAGGCGCCCCUGGAGCCCCGCACGCUCUUUUCCAGGUCCCCUCUAAGGAGGGGCGCGCGGGGGGCCCCAGAAGCACCUCCCGCCAGCCCACCCUCCCCCUUCCCCGCCCGCCCACCAGGCCCGCGCGGCGCGGAGCUGCGCUCGGAUUCCGGGAGGAAAGCGCCGCGCGGUGUCCCUGGCGUCCUCAGUCCUGCCCCUCGAAGUGGAGAUGCGCGAGAGGCAGGCGAGGGCGCGCAGCUCGUGAGACGCCGCGCCAGCCGGCACCAUGCGCCUGCGGCCGCUGCCCCUCGUCGUGGUCCCCGGCUUGCUGCAGCUGCUAUUUUGUGACAGUAAGAAGGUGGUGCAUGCCACAGAGGGGCUGGACUGGGAAGACAAAGAUGCUCCUGGGACAUUGGUCGGAAACGUGGUGCACUCAAGGAUCAUCAAUCCUCUGCGCCUGUUUGUCAAACAGUCUCCAGUCCCAAAGCCUGGACACUUGGCAUAUGCGGACAGCAUGGAAAACUUUUGGGAUUGGCUGGCCAAUGUCACGGAGGUUCAGGAGCCAUUGGCAAGAACUAAACGGAGGCCAAUAGUAAAGACGGGAAAAUUUAAGAAGAUGUUUGGGUGGGGUGACUUCCAUUCCAAUAUUAAAACUGUUAAACUCAACCUCCUCAUCACAGGGAAAAUUGUUGACCAUGGAAAUGGGACCUUCAGUGUUUAUUUCCGACAUAAUUCCACAGGCCUAGGCAAUGUUUCAGUGAGUUUGGUACCCCCCUCCAAAGUAGUGGAAUUUGAAGUUUCCCCGCAGUCUACCUUGGAGACCAAGGAAUCCAAAUCUUUCAAUUGUCGCAUUGAAUAUGAAAAAACAGAUCGGGCGAAGAAGACUGCCCUGUGCAACUUUGACCCAUCGAAGAUCUGCUACCAGGAGCAGACCCAGAGCCAUGUGUCUUGGUUGUGCUCCAAACCCUUCAAGGUCAUUUGCAUUUACAUUGCCUUUUAUAGUGUUGAUUAUAAACUUGUGCAAAAAGUCUGUCCUGACUACAAUUACCAUAGUGAGACUCCAUACUUAUCUUCUGGCUGAAUCAUUCCACAGUGAUAUAAAUGAGAGGUGAAUAUAUAUUUAAUUAGAAUGACCAAGAACCAAGCCCAACUCUUCAUGGUAAAGGAUCCCUUUUGUUUCUGGCAGUGAACCUUAGUUCCCUAUUAGGUUUUCAAAUUGAAAAGAAAAGAAGAGAAAGAAACACCUUUAAAUGUGAAAUGUGUUUGUUUCGGUCGUACCUUAAUCCAAAAAGUCAAACUGUGUGUGAAGCCAUCGCUUUCAUGUAGGAUGGCUAAGUCCUAGAAAUACUGUUGUUUCUCCAAAAGCAGCAUCAAUGGUAGCAACAUGUAAUGAGAAAGAACCAAAUUAUGCAUGUAAUAAACAUUGCUCUUGAAAUGAGCCUGCCUUUGAAAUAUGUUUUGGAAGGUUACCUUAAAAAUAGAUUCAGUAAAGUAACUGAAAAGAUUGCAUUUGAUAGAUGAAUCACAUUUCUGCCAUCAAAUUCUUUUUUUAUCACUGUUUCUCCCCCCACAUCUGUGCUGUUAUUGAUAUGAGAGAUGAAGGGGUAAAUUUGUUUCAAAACUCAUGUGCGCAGUUACAGUGCCACAGUCGAACUAAACACAUUGUUAUCUGAGUGAGGCUGGGGUGUGACUCAGACACUUAGCCCUGUGUUGGUCACCAUCUUUAGGAUUCUCAUCCGAGUAGUAAUAUUGGCCCAUUGGGAAAGCGAAUCUGGAUAUAUUUUAAGUCAGUCCCACAAUCAUGAAGAUCAUGAUGUUUUUAGAUUCUUUUGCCAAAUUCAGUGCCGUGAGAUUGCCAAAAAUACCGUAAAAUCUGUAUUCUACACUAUAACCUGUAACCUCAUUCUAUUCAUUUGAUAGUGUGAGUUUAUAUACAUGCAUAGAACAACUCUGAAAUUGAGAGAAAGUGAUUGUUCCCUAGGCAAGGACAGGGGAAAAAAAAUUGGAAGUGGGCUGACAAAAUUCCAGGAUUAUGGUUUCAUUAUUUCUAGCCUCCCAGAUUAAGUCCUCUUUGUGUUUAGUUAAUUAUUUGAGGGAUCAAAUUCUAUGUGGAAAUAAAGAGUAUAUUUAAACAUGACUGAUUAUUAAGUGCUAACAACCAAGAUACCUGACUCACCAGGCUUUUGAAAUCACUUCCAAAUUAAUGUGGCUUCACAGUUGGAGUCCUUGCCAUCUUCUCUGGAGGGGGGUGGAGGGGUGAACAGGCAUCCUGUGCCAUAGAACUGGAUGAUCUUUGCAUCAGCACAGAAAGAGGGUCUGGCUGGCCAGUAAUAAGGUUUCUAGAACUCAUAAGACUCAAGGAAUGGUUGUUUUUACAGUAGGUGUUCACUUUUGCCCCCUUAUCUGUAAAAUAUCAGUUGAAGUAAAAUAUGAAACUAAAAGAAGACCAGUCUAACCAACAAAAAUUCUCUUACUACAUUGUUUGAAGAGCCAACAGCUCUGUUCUCUAUUUUGCAUCUCCAUUCCUUUCUGUUUACGGGUGAUCUCUGUACAGUGUUUGAUUUUGUCUUUUGUAAAAAAUGUACUAGGCUUAGUGUGUGGUAGUACAAGCUUGCAACUUUUGCUCUGAGUUCAUCAGGUGCUUUUGUAAUUUUGUGGUUGGUGUGAAAUAUUUUAAGGCAUCUUUUUAUUUUCAUCUAGAAACAGGAUUAAAAUACUAUUUAUUGUAAAAUAUGUGGGAACCAUAUAUGUGUAUAUACUUGGAAUUUUCUGUGUACAGAGAAAGUAUGUGUACACAUUUCUAUGUAAAUAAAAAGAAUUUGCUAAAU